UACGCCAACUGAAGCAGAUUCCUCCCGCACAGCCACAGCCACAGUCUUCACUCCCGGAAGACUUCCGCCUGGCAGUGUUCAUCCCAACUUUCCUUCCAUUUUUCCUGCAUUCCAAACAGGUUAAGAAUCUCAAAUGCUAAAAUCGCCAUAGCUGGGUAUUUUUCAAUUUCGUUCAAAGUCAUGAGCUUUGCGACUGCUAAAUUAUCAGAGCUCCCACUCAGAGGCCACUCCUCUUUCUUCCCAAAACCCUCAUUUCGGGAAUUCCGAAACCCCUUCUGCUCCUCGUUGCGAACCAACAAGUACGUCAGAACCCAAAACCCGAAAUCGAGAAACUCCAAUUCCCCAAAUUCUACCUGGUUGUCCAAGUGGCCUCCGAAGGGGAAUUCGGUUAGGGGUUCUCCCAAGAAAGAGGUAAGUCGGCCUGUGAAUGAGGAGAAGGCUCGGUAUUUGGCGAGGGAUAAAGGGGAUACUGCAAUUGAGAGAAUCGUACUUCGCUUGAGAAAUUUGGGUUUGGGAGCGGAAGACGAGGACGGAGAAGAAGGGAGGGAGGAGACCGGGAUUCUGACCGCCGAGUUGCCGCCAGUUAAUGGGGAGGAGAGGCUGGCGGAUCUUUUGAAGCGGGAGUGGAUUAGGCCUGAUACUAUUUUGGACGAGGAUGAUGGUAGUGACGAUGAAAUGGCGUUGCCGUGGGAGAGAGAAGAGAAAGAGAGGGAGAUGCAGGGAAGAGAGGAAGAUGGAGGGAUGGAAAGGAAGAGGAGGCCAAAGGCUCCGACUUUGGCGGAAUUGACGAUUGAGGAUGAAGAAUUGAGAAGGCUGAGGAAGAUGGGAAUGACUUUGAGAGAGAGGAUCAAUGUGCCAAAAGCUGGGAUCACCCAGGAAGUUUUGGAGAAGAUUCAUGAUAAAUGGCGUAAAGCUGAGCUGGUUAGGCUCAAGUUCCACGAGUUUCUCGCCCAUGACAUGAAAACUGGCCACGAGAUUGUCGAGCGUCGCACUGGAGGGUUAGUUUUAUGGAGGGCAGGAAGUGUUAUGAUUGUUUACCGAGGCGCUAACUACCAAGGUCCGAAAUCUCCGGAAUCUGCUAGGCAAGAAGGGGAAUCACCAUUCAUUCCAGAUGUGUCAUCUGCUGAUUCAUCCUCAUUCAAAAGUGAUGACUCCGCAUUGUCAGAUUCAGAGAAGUCUGUACUACCAGUUGUGAGACUUCCACAACAGACCGAGACCUUGACCGAGCAGGAAAUCGAAUAUAACCAACUCUUGGAUGGAUUAGGGCCCCGUUAUGAGGCGUGGUGGGGCACUGGAGUUCUUCCUGUGGAUGCUGAUUUGCUUCCACCUAAAGUUCCUGGUUACAUGACGCCUUUUAGGUGUCUUCCUACUGGAAUGCGGCCUCGACUUACUAAUGCUGAGAUGACUAAUUUGAGGAAACUUGCUAAAUCACUUCCCUGCCAUUUUGCCCUUGGGAGGAACAGAAACCAUCAAGGGUUGGCAGUUGCUAUACUCAAACUUUGGGAGCAAAGCCUAAUUGUGAAAAUUGCCGUGAAGCGAGGGAUACAGAAUACGAAUAACAAGCUAAUGGCUGAGGAAAUAAACCAAUUAACAGGAGGUGUCCUGUUGCUCAGAAACAAAUAUUAUAUUGUCAUUUUCCGUGGGAAGGAUUUCCUGCCUGCAAGUGUAGCUGCACAAUUAGCUGAUAGGCAAGAAAUAACCAAACAAAUUCAAGACAACGAAGAGAAAUUAAGAAGCAAUCUAGAGAUAGCAUCAUCAGGUAUAGAAGGUGAAGGAAAUGCACUUGCAGGGACCUUGGCGGAGUUUUAUGAAGCACAAGCUCGAUGGGGAAGAGAUACAUCUGCAGAAGAACGUGAAAAGAUGGUUGAAGAAGCUGCCAAAGCUAAAACUGCUAGGCUCGUCAGAAAAAUCGAGCAUAAGCUAGCUAAAGCUAACAGCAAGAAGCUUAGAGCAGAGAAACUAUUAUCAAAGAUAGAGGCCUCGAUGGUUCCCGCUGAUCCAGAUUAUGACAGAGAAGCGAUCACUGAUGAGGAAAGGAUUGUGUUCCGGAAAAUUGGGUUGAGAAUGAAGCCAUACUUACCUAUGGGGAUCCGUGGUGUUUUUGAUGGAGUUAUUGAAAACAUGCAUUUGCAUUGGAAGUAUAGAGAGGUUGUGAAGCUAAUAACCAAACAAAAGACGAUGGCAUUUGUUGAAGAUACAGCUAGACUGCUGGAAUACGAGAGUGGUGGGAUACUGGUGGCAAUAGAAAGAGUACCAAAAGGUUAUGCUCUCAUUUACUACCGUGGGAAGAAUUACCGCCGUCCCAUUAGCUUGAGACCAAGAAAUCUUUUAACAAAAGCAAAGGCAUUGAAGCGUUUUGUAGCAAUGCAACGCCAUGAGGCUCUCAGUCAGCACAUAUAUGAACUGGAGCACACAAUAAAACAAUUGAAAGCCGAAAUUGGUUUAUCUGAGGAUGAUAGUUCUGAUGAUUGGAGCUCAGGUGCACCGCGAUUGGUAGAUUCUAAUUCAGACUUCACUGAAGGAGAGGAUGAUGCUUCAUAUAUAGCAUCUGAUGAGGAUGGUAGCAAUAAUGACGAGGAAGAAGAGGAGGACCUUGAUUGGGAAGAUGAAGAUUUUGAGUCUUCGGACUCUGAGAAUAGUGACAUUCUUUUAACACAUAAUGUUUAACAAGCUCAUCAAAAUCUGUCUCUUAAGCAAGUGAAUGUGUCCUUCCCAAUGUUCAUCUGCAUAUGCAGGUAUUCACUUUUGUGGCAUGCUUGUGUUGAACUUGAAUCUACUUCUUGCAUUAAUUGGGGAGUGUCUGUUUGCCUGAAUGAGCAUAUUUCCAUUCCCUCAUCUACUGAAUUUUAUUUGUUCCAAAACUAAAUAGUGCACUUCCAGUAACAUGGUAUGUUUUCACGUGUUAGGAUUGAUAUACACAUUCUAAGCCUUCCAUGGACAGAGUUACUGAGAAGCAUAUUCUGGAAAUGAAGCUCCAGCUAUGGCAUAGCAAUGGAUUCUGGUGAAGUUCCUGCGAGUGGCGAAGGGAGUUGAUUGUUCGGACUUCUAACCUCGAGACAAAUUCUAGGAUGGAGAAGGUGGUGCUUGUAACAUAGCUAAGGCAAAUGGCCAUCGGACACUUCAGUUGCUGGGUUUAGUUUGUUUGGAAAUUUGUAUGGCAUAUGUUGAACAUACAAAACAAGAUACGGAGAAUAUGCAAAAUUUUGCAGCUUGUUAUGUGAUUUUGAGGGGUUCUGCUCAUGUAUUUGAUACUAUGAUGUCAUUCAUUUCCAGUUUCCUGUUGUAAAAUGUAAUUCAAUGUAAGGUUCAUCGAUAGUGUUAUGUUAGGGUUGUCCCAAGGCAUCCACUGUUACAUCUUUCCCCCCUUAAACAACUAACACAAUUUAGCACCUGAGCCAUACAGGUAUGUUUAUGAUAAUAAAUUCCAAACUAAUUACGGUAGGAUAAAUGAAUAGCCUAUGA